AUGGGUGCACAGGUUAAUGCGGCUGAGUUGUUGCAGCAGGCACUCAGCUCAAACAUUAUACCGAAUCAGGAGUUUCUGCUGCAAGGCUCGAUUUUAGAUUCAGCGGCAGAAAAUCUAUUACACCGAUUGCGAGGACUUUGCGACAACGUUGAUGCUAGUCCGGAAACGUUCAGUGAUAUAGAAAUGUGCUUCAGUUUGAAGUUACCAACCGAGAAGACACCGGUAAUGACGGUACGGGUACGACGAGCACAAGACGUGGAAGCACCGCUGCAGCUACGUUACAUCGGUCAACCGGAGCUGGGCGAUCGGACCAGACCGACGUUGGUUAGAAGCAGCUUGGACAUUGCUUGUACACCGCUCGUAAUUGAUUUUCUAACCGAGAUGGGCUUUCGUCUGGAUUUUGAGUACUCCACCAAGGGAUACAUGUUCCGGAAGGGUCGCAUGAAGAUUACGGUGUCUAAAAUACUGAAGAACAUGACGGAACCCAUUUCUCAGAGCUACCUGGUGGAGCUGUCCGUGCUCGCACCGAAGGGCCAGGAUGCGAUUGCUGAGGAUAUGCGUAUUUUCGCCGAGCAACUGAAACCGCUGGUACAGCUGGAAAAGAUCGACUACAAACGAUUCGCCCAAAUGCCGUAA